AUGCCAUAUAGUCAGUGGCACUGUAGUAAUUUUGGAAUAUUUUCAGUGCCAUGUAGUCGAUUUGAUCCUCAAAGAUCGUGCCAAAACGGCGGGCAAUGUGAGGAGUCCAAUAACUUUUGUAAUUGCUUACCGGGCACAACUGGCUCCUUUUGCUCCGAUGUAACGGACUGCAAGCAAGAAGAGUUUUGUGGUACAAGCAAUGAUUCUACAUGUAUAUAUGACAGAAUUCAAGCAAAAGGGAUGUGCCAGUGCUCGAAGUCAUAUAAAAAAUUUGAUUACAAGGAAAAAAUUUGCAGAGUACCAUGUCAAGAAGGAACAUGUGAUAAUGGAGGCCUCUGUAUCAAGGGAUUCUGUGAAUGUUUACCAGGAACUACUGGUGACUUUUGUGAGCAAAUUUCUGCUUGCCAGAAUCGAUCUUUCUGUGGUUAUGAUAACAUGGCUCUCUGCAUUUAUGACGGAAUCGAAAAGAAAGCCGUAUGUGAAUGCCCAAGUCCCGAUUUAAAUUACAGCUACCUUACUCGAACAUGUCAUAAAGAAAGCAAAGGAUAUCUUGCACUUUUUCUUGGAACAACAGCCAGUGUUCUGCUGAUAUUAUUCUCAGUUUUGUUUUAUUUGCGUUAUAAAAAGCAAAAAGUGAUUCCGAUUUUCCCUUUUCAUAAACUAAAGGAGAAACUUGAAGGUAAAGUGUGAGUCACGGCUAUAUAUAAACUGAAAGAUUUUCGUCGUAUAUGGAAAAAACGUUACGUACAGCCCUCAGGUAAAUAUUAACUCAAGAACAGUGCAUUUUUGACGUCAUCAUUCCAGCAAAAAUUAGUAAAUGGAAAGAAACUGCGCAUCUUUGAAGAAGACGUUCAAUUGCCAUUUUUUUAAUGCUCUUCUGAGUCAGUUGCCUGUAUUAUUGUAUUCAUCAAGAUGAUUACACAUAGUGCUAUCAUUCUGCAGUUAUGUUUGUCAAAUGUGAAUUUUAGCCUAUUCUUGUCCUAAAAUUUUUAUUAUACUUCGGGAUAAUUUUUAUGGAUUUGUUGUUGUUAUGGAAUUCCUUCUAUUCCUUCGUACAAAAGCCUUAU